AUGAGCUACGCGGUUGAGCAAUCCCGGGUAUCAGUCCUGAAAGGCGUCAGUCUCGAGAUAAAGGCUGGCGAGAGCGUGGCGAUCAUCGGUCCGUCGGGUUCAGGCAAAACAACACUUCUGUUGCUGUUGGCCGGACUUGAUCAUCCUGCCUCAGGCAGCAUUGAGAUUCAGGGCACGCAACUGGACGCGCUGUCUGCUGACGAACUGGCGGAUCUGCGCAGAGAUCGGAUGGGCAUCGUCUUUCAGUCCUUUCAUCUGAUUCCGAGCCUGACCGCUCUCGGUAAUGUCACUCUGCCGUUGGAGAUUGCGGGAGACCCGGAUGGCAGCGCGAAGGCCAGAGAGACACUGCGGCGUGUAGGUCUUGAUCAUCGCGAAUCCCAUUAUCCGAUGCAGCUUUCCGGCGGCGAACAGCAGCGUGUUGCCAUUGCCAGAGCGCUGGUGCACUCGCCGCCACUGCUGCUGGCUGAUGAACCCACGGGUAACCUGGAUAAAGACACGGGCAGUGCCAUCAGCGAUCUGCUGUUCGAGCUGCAUGCGAACUCAGGUAGCACCCUGGUCCUGGUUACUCAUGAUGAGUCUCUGGCAAUGCGUUGUGAUCGACAGUUACGUCUGGACGGCGGCGCUCUGGUAGAGGGGCAGAAACAUGACCUGCGCGGCAGUGGUCAGUCGCUGUGGAUUCUGUGUGCCUGCCUGGUGCUCGGUGUCACCCUGGUCGCCGCAACCGGUGGUCUUUAUCAGCAGAUCAGAGAGGGGCUGCAGACCGAUAGUCGGAAGUUGAGCGGAGGGGAUCUGCAGGUGGAAUCACGCUCUCGUCUGCCAAUUGAAGCCAUCAACUGGAUGGCGGCGCGGGGACAGGUGUCGCUGCUUGUUGAAAUGGACACCAUGAUGGCCACCGCCUCCGGUGACCUUCAGCUGGUGGAGGUGCUGAGUGUUGACGAACAUUAUCCGCUGUAUGGCGAGUUAACUCUUAAUCCUUCUUUACCUCUGGUGGAAGUGACGCAGAACAACGGUGGCCAGUUUGGUCUCGCCAUGGAUCCGGUACUUGCUGAUCGCCUGGGCAUCAGCGCGGGUGAUGAGGUUGAGAUUGGUGAAUUGUCAUUUGAAGUACGUGCGUUGAUCACCGAACAGCCGGAUCGCAGCCUCAGUGCAAGCUGGCGUAGCAGCCCGGUUAUGAUCUCUGCAGAUGCGCUUGCUGAUGCAGGCUUGUUGCAGCCCGGCAGUCGUGUGGAAUAUGAAUAUCGCGUGCGAACUGAGCAGGAUCCAGGCGAGUGGCAGAGAGCUUUUUUUGCGAUGUUUCCCGAUACCAAUUGGGAAGUCAGCACCUUUAUGGAUCGUAGCGACCGCAUAGGAGAACGGUUAGCUCAAGCGGGAUCAGCUUUGUUGAUUGUCGGUUUCAGCACGCUGUUUAUCGGUGGGCUGGGUGUCUUCAAUAGCGUGCAGGCUUACCUGCAGAAUAAGCUCGGUACAAUUGCUACGCUGCGCUCAGUAGGUCUAAGAGACCGCUCUCUUGCGGUUGUUUACCUGCUGCAGAUCCUGAUAAUGAGUGGUCUUUCCUGUUUUGUCGGCGCCGUGCUGGGUUUUCUGCUGUCAUUUGUGGGGGCUUUGUUCGCCGCCACCCAGGUUCAGAUCGACACCGUGGUGUACAGUGCAAUUCUACCCGGUUUGCUUGCGGCUCUGUUUGGUUUGCUGACCGCUAUGACGUUUGCAGCGCCUGCCAUCGGUCGUGCGUUGUCGGUAGAUCCUGCCGUGCUUUUUCGAAGCCUUGAUGGUGUUGAAACGGGUACACCUCGAGCCUGGUGGCUGGCAACACUGUGUGGCGCUGCUUUAGUUGUCCUGCUUGUAUUGUUUGUGUUGCCUGAUCCGAUCUUUGCCCUGUCUUUUGUCGCAACCGUGCUGGGAUUGCUUGUCAUGCUCGAAGGCGUUGUGCGCCUGAUCAGGCGAAUAGCACUCAGAAUGGAUGGCCAGGCACCGACGCGGCGCUAUUUUGCGCUGCAUCUGGCGCUUGCCAACCUGCACCGCCACGGCUCUGCACUGCGUGCCUCUCUGCUGACUCUGGGCUCGGCGCUGACCCUGUUAGUAGCGUGCACAGUAUUGAUUUCAACGCUUCUGGAAACAAUCGCCAGCACCAUCCCGGAAGAAUCUCCGGAUCUCGUGAUGUACGACGUUGCACCACACCAACGACAAGAGGUGAGUGCGAUUCUGCAGGAACAGAAUGCGGUACGAGUGGAUAUGGCGCCGUUGGUUCAAGGGCGACUUGCGGCGGUUAAUGGCGCUACGCCAGACUCAGAAAGCAGCCUCGAAGCUCAGCGCGAGGCGCGAGACGAACAUAAACUGACCUAUCGCGCUGGCAACAUUGAUGGGGUCACUAUGGUGCAGGGUAGUUGGUGGCCGGAAGGCGCGUCGGGUGAGGGUGCCUGGGUGGUGAUGGAAGAUCGCGAAGCCAACCAGAUUGGUUUGCAGGUUGGAGAUCUGCUGACCUUCGACAUUCAGGGCAGACAAUUGGAGGCUGAACUAACUGGUAUAUUUCGGCAGAAAGGCCUGCAGACGCGCUUCUGGUUUGAAGCCAUUCUGUCUGAUGGCGUGCUGGACCCGUUCAUCUCCCGCUACGUGGGCGCCAGUUAUAUGCCCGCGGACAAAGCCAUUGUCGCGCAAACUCAAAUUGCAGGGAUAGCACCCAAUGUUGUGUCGGUACGAACCGCCACCCUGGUCGCCACCGCCAAAAAUCUGCUAGGCAACGCGGUGGCGGGGCUGGUUGUGGUUUCAGCUGUUGCGUUUUCUGUGAGUCUGCUGGUGCUGACGGGUGUUAUGGCGAGCCACCGCUCGCGGCAGGUUUAUUACUCCACCAUUCUUCACACACUUGGCGCACGUCUCAGCGUUGUGCGCCUGAGCCUUGGCAUGGAGUAUGUGCUGUUAGCGUUAGUAACUUCUCUUUUUGCCCUGGUACUCGGCAUAUUGAUUGCGUUGCCGAUGUUGCAUUUUCAGCUGCGAUUACCCCUUGCGUUUCCUGUAUGGCCGGCGGUAGUUGCUGCCUUUGGCGUCAGCUCUGUGUGUCUCUAUGCAGGUGCCGGUUACCUGAUGCGUCGGCUGCAUCUGCAACCCGCGUCCCUGUUGCGUGGGCAGUAA